AUGCUGAUUGGUCCACGCCCUUCGAAAAGAUUAAAAACAAGCGAUAAUGAUGAGAUAUCUUCGGAGAAACGACUAAUUGUAAUUUUGGAAAAUUGUUCUUUAGAAAGUGCCAAGGUUGGUAAGGAUUACGUGAUUCUUUCGAGUGACCGACAUGCAAAUUUUUUGAAAAGCCAUAAAAAGGAUCCAAAUGACUACCGUCCAGAUAUAUUACAUCAAUGUCUUUUAAUGCUUUUGGAUAGCCCUUUAAAUAGAGCCAGCCUCCUGCAGAUCUACAUUCACACUUCGAAAAACGUUUUAAUUGAAGUUCAUCCUCAAACUCGUAUUCCAAGAACUUUCGAUCGGUUUUCAGGCCUAAUGGUGCAGUUACUGCAUAAGCUGUCGAUAAGGGCGGAAAGCAAUUCUAUUAGAUUAUUGAAAGUUAUCAAAAACCCGAUUAGCAGCCAUCUUCCAAUUGGAUGCCGUAAGAUUUUAACUUCUUUCCAAGCAGCAGAUCUUGUUGAGUGUCGCAGUAUACCGGUUAAGGACGACGACAGACCAAUUGUCAUAGUUGUUGGUGGUAUGGCCAAAGGAAAAGUUUCUACCGACUAUACCGAGGAAGAAAUAAAAAUUAGCAAUUAUCCCUUGAGCGCAGCUUUAACCUGCGCAAAAUUAACAACUGGGUUUGAAGAGGCGUGGGGUAUUCAGUAA